AAAACGCAGUCGGUGCAGGGCAUUCGAGCCAAGUGGACGUGGAAGCCACCUCGAUCUCGGCCAGACGCAGGGAUCGCACUCCCAAAGUGGCUUUCGCUUUCGUGACGGAUCUCGGUUUACGGCUGGCGGCUCGUUGGUGCCUCCGCCGUGGGUUUCCAUUUCAGUUCGACUGGCUUGUUGACAAAGUUAUUGCCUCCGGCUUAAUGACUUCGUAAUUGAUUUGCAUUCGAUGUGCCACAUUGAUUGGCAAUUGAAACGUAAGGCACCCUUCUUGCAACUCCCAACCCGAGAAGCUCUGCACCACCGCGUGCCCACUCCAUUGCGGCAACCACUCAUUGUCGCCGUUGCUAAUCAAGGUUAUCAAGGAUAAACUGGCUGUCACCAUGUCGCUGUCUGUGGCCAGCCGUCGUCGCCUCCAGACGACAAACGCUCCAACGUCCGUCGUGAACUCAUCCUCAUCCACAUCCACAACCGGCGGCCGCUAUCAGCUGCCCCUGUCCGUGCGAAAGCAGCACUCCUUCAUCGAGCCCACGGCCAGAUACUCGACCCAGCAGAGGGGCUACCUCUCCAGAGGUCUCUCCGUGGGCCAUUCCAUCGAGAACAUCCGCCAGAAGCUCUAUCCAGUGGGCAGGCAGGCGUCUCUGGCCGUCGAGGAGUCCACGCCGAGGACUGCACCCCGCCUCACGGCGUCCCAGGUGCAGGGCUUACGGCUGCGGGACAGGAGUCUGGUGGCCUGGUCUUCCACUUCGUCAUUGCUGAAGGAUCAGGAACCGGAAAGAGCUGCACAGGUGGAAGCGGCCGAGACCAAGAUCAGCGGCAAGGCGGACAAGAAUCGCAUUAAUCUGAACAUAGUGCUGUCGCAGACCAUAAGGGCCACCAACGAGCGGGAACAGGAACCGGAACCGGAAGUGGACGCGGACGCGGACGCCGACGUGGAAGCAGAGCGAGUGAGCGACAUCGAGGGCAGCCGUCCGGUGGAGAACCCGGACAUCCAGUUGAGCAUCUCGCCGGCCCUCACCGUCCAGAGGCGACCGCCUUUGGUGCGUGCUAUGUCCGCUCCGGUCCGCGGACUGGACGAGAGCAGCAAGGGCGUGAUAGCCGCCAGCAAGCGCAGCCAGCAGAAGCUGCGGCGACGCAAGAUCUUCACGAGAACGCCCUCGUCCGCCGUGCCCCUCGAUGUCAUCGGGGACACCACUACAUCCACGUCCGUCGCCGGCAGCGCCACCAAGAAGGCACUGAAUCGGGCGCGCAGCGUCGUUGCGCCGGAUGUGAUCACCCUGGUGUCCCUCCUGAGUUCCGAGGGCAGCGACUCCGAGCGGGAGGACAACAGUUCCGUGACGGUAUCGUCGCCGCCAACUGGCGGUUCGGAAAAACAGCAAUCGGGCGCCACGCAGCGAAGGGCGCCGUUGCUGAGGAAGACGGGCAAAUCGGUCUCGUUUCAAGACAGCUAUCCGCCCACCUUCCAACUGGCCUCCAAGGAGUACUCGCACAUGAUACGCCGUGGAUCCAUAGCACCACUGGCAGCCCGCAUCCGAGCCAAUCGACCGCCCACAGCGCCGCCAGUCUCCAUUUUCCUGACCGACGUCCAGGCCAAAAUGGACCAGCAGCCGAAGAAGGAGAGUGCAGCUGAGCUAUCCGUCGCCUCCUUGUCGCCGGACGAGGCCAAGAAGGAGAACAACAACAAUGCGGCCAACUGCGAGGACCAGCAGCCGCAGCCGGACCACAACUAUCCGGCGUAUGUGCGUAGUUUGAAGGAGCGCGAGUGCUGGAAGUUGCACCAGAAGAUGGGCGCCAAGGGCGUUAGUGUGAGCUAUGAGACGGUGUUGAGGGGCAUGCUCACGCCCACGGAGUUCCGGCACUUCCAAAAGCAGCGCGAGCAGGAGGAGGCCCGGGUUCUCGAGGAGGCGGAGGCCGCUGAGGCGGCCGCUGCAGCCGCCAUCCUCGAGAGCGGCGAGAAGGAGGGUCGCAAGCCCCCAGUCACGGCCAUCGAACGCCUCUCGGAAGCUCUGCUCCAGAGCAAGUAGGGACUUCCGGAUGGAAACCAUGUUCCAGGGCCAUGGAACCCGACCAUUAAAUUGCAUUUGCCCCCUAGUGGAUGUAGCAGUAGUCGAGCACUCGUUAAAACGCAAUCGCACCCCGCUGAGACACCAUAUCGGCGUCCACCUGUAGUUCUAGAUGGUACCCCCCUUCUAGAUGGUAGACCCCCAUUGAAGCCGUAAUUGCUGAACUCUACGGAACUCAUGCUUACGUGGACGCUGAGCCUGGCCAAUAAUGUAGACCCAACGUAGAUCCCUUACAAUAAAGAGUACUAGAGACACCUAAAAGUCAG